GCCAUUAGUAAUGCUCAAACGCGGCACAUAAUCCACGUCGCUGAAUGUCUCAUCUUCGGUAUAAUCGCUCUGGGAGUGAGCUGCGCAGCCCUGCGAUCCACACGAAAACUCAAGUUUACUGCUAAUCUAAUUUCUGAAGGUGCAGACGAGAAGCUCCUCUACGUUACUUACUUCUGUCACGUCCUCUACGAUUCCAUCAUCAUCAUUGGCCUGGGUAAUGCUGUGCGAGGGAUGCCCAGUGGUAGCGAUCAGAAGCUUCUAGGCGCCUUUCGCAUCAUCCUCGCCAUUGUCGAGAUCUGUGAAGUGACAGUGCAAACCUACGUCAUUCAGGACUCCUUUUAUCGGUGUUCAGAAGGGGUGAUGGAGAAGGAGAAGAAGUGGGGACAGACGUACCUGGGCUGUCUCUUGGUGAUAAACAUGUCUCUUUGGAUGAUACUUAGCUUUCAGACGAAACAUCAAGAUUACAUGGUGAAGAAAAACCUCAGCCUUUGGCUGCAUAAAACCUUCCUCUACACCGCCUUCCCGAUGGUGGUGCUAUUCCGCUUCCACAGUACGGUCUGCCUCUCUGUCUCCUUCAACGGCAUCUACCAGGACGAAGUUACGCGUUUCGCCAGUAUGCUCAACACUCUGCACAAGGCUCGAGCCCGCCUCCAAAUUCAUGAGCAUGACGUGGCCAAUGACGCUCUCGCGCUGACUCCCCUCAGCCGGCACGGUGCGGCUGCCUAUGCCGCCCUU